CCAAAGUCAGGGAAUAACCAAGUAAGGGGCAGAAAAAUAAUGAUUGACUCAGGGUUUCUUGUGACUGUUCUGCCCCCAUGCAAAUUCCUACGCCCUUAAAGCCUUAGAUUAGAGUGAAAUGUUUCCCAUCAUGGAGAAAGUUCCAGAUGCUAGCUAAUGGCAGUUGCCCUAAAGCUCUAAGGGCAACUGUGAUCUUGAUCUGAUAAAACUUUUUACUGGGCUUGCUUUGUUCUUUUGAUUUUGAGUGGGAAUAUUUGGCUUCGUCUCUGAGAUACUGUUCCAUCAGGCGUUGCAGUAAACUUUGAAGAAUGCAAAUUCGGAACUUCAUUUGCUGUCACCGGUCUGAAUUCCCUGCUGCUAUUCACAAAGAUGCUCUUUAUCUUUAAUUUUUUGUUUUCCCCACUUCCAACCCCGGCAUUGAUCUGCAUCCUGACAUUCGGAGCUGCCAUCUUCCUGUGGCUGAUCAACAGACCUCCACCAGUCUUACUUAUCACUGACCUGGACAAUCAGUCUGUGGGAAUUGAGGGAGGAGCACGGAGGGGUCCUUGCCAGGAGAACAAUGACCUCAUACAUUACUACUACUCGGAUGCCAGGACGAUGUAUGAAAUAUUCCAAAGAGGACUUAUGGUGUCUGAAAAUGGGCCCUGCUUGGGAUACAGAAAACCAAACCAGCCCUACAAAUGGCUGUCCUAUAAACAGGUGUCUGACCGAGCAGAGUACCUAGGCUCCUGUCUCCUACAUAAAGGAUAUAAGCCAUCACCAGACCAAUUUGUUGGAAUCUUUGCUCAGAAUAGGCCAGAGUGGAUCAUCUCUGAGUUGGCUUGUUAUACAUACUCCAUGGUAGCCGUCCCCCUGUAUGACACCUUGGGAGCAGAAGCCAUCAUUUAUAUUAUCAACAAAGCUGAUAUCGCCACAGUGAUCUGUGAUACACCCCAAAAGGCAUCAGUCCUGAUAGGGAAUGUAGAGAAGGGCCUCAUUCCAGGCCUGAAGAUGGUCAUCCUCAUGGACCCCUUUGAUGACAACCUGAAGCAAAGAGGGGAGAAGACUGGAGUUGAGAUCUUAGCCCUAUCUGAUGCUGAGAAUCUAGGCAAAGAGAACUUCAGUAAACCUGUGCCUCCUAAACCAGAAGACCUGAGCAUCAUCUGCUUCACCAGUGGGACCACAGGUGACCCCAAAGGAGCUAUGAUAACCCAUGAAAAUAUUGCUUCAGAUGUUGCUGGUUUUCUCAAAUGUAUGGAGCAUAAUUUUGUGCCCAGCCCCAAUGAUGUGACCAUAUCCUACCUCCCCUUGGCUCACAUGUUUGAGAGGAUUGUACAGGCUACUAUAUACAGUUGUGGUGCAAGAGUUGGGUUCUUCCAAGGAGAUAUUCGGUUGCUGCCUGAUGACAUGAAGACUCUGAAGCCCACGGUAUUCCCCGCAGUGCCGAGACUCCUUAACAGGCUCUAUGAUAAGGUACAAAAUGAAGCCAAGACACCCUUGAAGAAGUUCUUCCUGAACUUGGCUAUUGCCAGGAAAUUCGAGGAAGUGAAAAGGGGUAUCAUCAGACGUGACAGUUUCUGGGACAAGGUCAUCUUUGCAAAGAUCCAGGACAACCUGGGUGGGAAGGUUCGCAUCAUGGUCACUGGAGCUGCUCCCAUCUCCUCUCCAGUCUUGACAUUCCUCCGGGCAGCAAUGGGAUGUGCGGUGCAUGAAGCUUACGGUCAAACAGAAUGCACAGGUGGCUGUACAUUUACAUUACCUGGAGACUGGACAUCAGGCCAUGUUGGAACCCCCAUGGCUUGCAAUUAUGUGAAGUUAGAAGACGUGGUUGACAUGAACUACUUUUCAGCGAACAAUGAAGGAGAGAUCUGCAUCAAAGGCCCCAACGUGUUCAAAGGCUACCUGAAGGAACCUGAGAAGACACAGGAAGUCCUGGACAAUGAUGGCUGGCUUCAUACAGGAGACAUUGGUCGCUGGCUCCCGAAUGGAACUCUGAAGAUCAUUGACCGUAAAAAGAACAUUUUCAAGCUGGCCCAAGGAGAAUACAUUGCUCCAGAGAAGAUAGAAAAUAUCUACAUCAGGAGUAGACAAGUGUUACAAAUUUUUGUACAUGGGGAGAGCUUACGGUCAUCCUUAGUGGGAGUGGUGGUUCCUGACCCAGAUGUGCUUCCCUCAUUUGCAAACAAACUUGGGGUCAAGGGCUCCCUUGAAGAACUGUGCGAAAACCAAGUUAUAAAGGAAGCCAUUUUAGAAGACUUGCAGAAAAUUGGGAAAGAAAGUGGCCUUAAAUCCUUUGAACAGGUCAAAGACAUCUUUCUUCAUUUAGAGCCAUUUUCUAUUGAAAAUGGGCUCCUGACACCAACACUGAAAGCAAAGCGGGCAGAACUUUCCAAAUACUUCCGGACCCAAAUCGACAGCCUGUAUGGGACCAUCCAGGAGUAGGUUAAGUUUGCUGCUGAGCUGGAGGCUGUGGGGGAAGGAGUUGAAACCAUGUUCAGUGAACUUUUCCAGGAAAUGAAGCAAGCACUGAAUAAAAACCUCCUGCACUGGGAAUAAAGAUCUAUUGGGCAAGCAUGAUGCCCACACUACAGGCUUAUCUUCUGUGAAGGAACCAGCUGACCUUCCCCAACCCUUGGAUUCCAGUUCCUGUUGUACCUUACCCCAGAUAACACGCAUUGCUUCUACCUGUAAAUGUAAAGUCUUUAAAAUAAACUAUUACAGAUACUUA